CGCUGGACCAGCCUUCCAGCCCUGGGAUGAUGCAUGACCACUCCCAGACGAGAGGAUUCAUUCUAACUUUAUCGUGCAUUCUUGCCGCGUAUCUCAUCCUCUUUAUGCGCAUCAGCAUGGUUCUCACGACGUCGCAGCGGGAUUAUCUUGAGAGCUUCUUGAUCGUGAUGGCUUUGAUUGUUGGGAUGGAGACGCUAGCCGUUCUGUGCAUUAAGUACGGGAUCGGCACUGCGGGACCGCGCAGUGGCGAGGAUGACGCCAUUGACGGCCACCACCCCGACAGCAUCGAUAACCGCCACGCCGACAGCAUCGAUAACCGCCACCCCGACAGCAUUGAUAACCGCCACCCCGACAGCAUCGAUAACCGCCACCUCGACAGCAUUGAUAACCGCCACCCCGACAACUUAUGUGGCCACCGAUACGCCUACCAAGACUACGAUCUCGUGUUUGAUGAGGAUAAUAAUCGUUAA